UCGAUCCGCUCGGGAAACCCUUUGUACCUGGACUACUUUCAAGGGGAGCGCUUCAAGCCAAACUCUCGCACUACGCGGCGGCCGGUGGCGGAAUGUGAGAAACUUCCCUUUUGGCGCAUGUUCUUCUGCACAGCGCAGAGCCGCCUUCUUCUGCUUUCUGCGCGGCUGGAAAGCAGAGGAAGAGGUGGUSGUGGCGGCGGUGAAGUAGGAGGAGGAGGGUCGACUUAUAACGACUCGGUCAAUUGCCUAUGGACGACAUUGGUCCCCUCUCUCCAAAGGCGAAUGCUUUCAGUAUUGCCUCUCUGAUUUCGGCUGCAGAGCGAGCAGGAAGCGCAGCGUUUGACAAACAAGGCACCGGUUUGGACAGCCGGAGUUACUGUAAAAUGCACUACAGCACUGUCACCCGGGAAAUGGAAGCCUUCACGACCAGCAGUCUGAGCAGUCUCAACUCGCCGGGGGGCUACCACCUCUCUCAGUCCCCCGGGGACCCCUACAGCCAACAUGAGUCCCACUUCGAGCCCUGCCCGGCCGCCCAGCACAACUACAACUACCCGGGCUCCAACCCGGGCCAGAGCCAGGGCCAGGCGAGCGACGGCGGGACUCCUAACUGCUCGUCGUCGUCCUCCAGCUCCACGCCGAACAGCAAGAGCAUCGUGAAGAAAAACCCCAAGGUGGCCAACAUUAGCGUCCAGCUGGAGAUGAAGGCUUUGUGGGACGAGUUUAACCAGCUGGGCACGGAGAUGAUCGUUACCAAGGCGGGCAGGAGAAUGUUUCCAACUUUCCAAGUAAAAAUCUUUGGGAUGGAUCCCAUGGCAGACUAUAUGCUGCUGAUGGACUUCCUGCCUGUAGACGACAAGCGUUACAGGUAUGCUUUCCACAGCUCGUCGUGGCUGGUGGCGGGUAAAGCUGAUCCUGCCACACCGGGGAGGGUGCAUUACCAUCCGGACUCUCCAGCCAAGGGCGCUCAGUGGAUGAAGCAGAUCGUCUCCUUCGAUAAGCUCAAACUAACAAACAACCUGUUGGAUGACAACGGACAUAUCAUCCUGAACUCCAUGCACCGAUACCAGCCCAGGUUCCAUGUGGUUUAUGUGGAUCCCCGCAAGGACAGUGAGAAAUACGCCGAGGAAAAUUAUAAAACGUUUGUUUUUGAAGAGACUCGCUUCACAGCGGUCACAGCGUACCAGAACCACCGGAUCACACAGCUGAAGAUCGCCAGUAAUCCGUUUGCAAAGGGCUUCAGGGACUGUGACCCAGAGGACUGGCCCAGGAAUCACAGACCAGGCUCCCUGCCAAUAAUGAGUGCCUUCGCCAGAACAAGAAACCCAAUGUCAUCUCCCCCUCAGCAGAACGGCACAGAAAAAGAAGAUGCCAGACGGGAAUAUGAAGGAGACCCCAGCAGCACCCCAAUUCACGCCGACCCGGCCCACCAGCUGAUGUCUCGUGUCCUCAGCCCGGCUCUGCCCGUCCCAGGAGGCCUCCACGCCGUGCCGCUGACGAGCGGCCGACCGAGCCCUCCCCACGACCUCCGACCUGAUCCCCACCCACUGCCCCCAGACACCCUGCAUCACCACCCCUACAAGUACCCCACCGCUUACGAACACUACCUGGGAGCCAAGACCAGGCCUUCGCCUUACCCUUUACCGAGCAUCAGAGGACACACGUACCAUCACCACAUGAAUCCCGCCACAACUAACAUGUACUCGGCAACCAGCGGCCCCUCUAACUACGACUACGGGCCCAGAUAAUGACUGCUGUCAGUCAAGGAUAAAGCCGCACAGCACUGUGGGAAAACUAGGCAGACAGGAACAGCAACACGGUUCAUUCAGGCGAUGGUUUCUGCAACACGUGGGGUUUAAUCAGAGGCUGAGACUUCCCUCUGCUGGAUAAAUCCUGUCAUAUUUAUUUAAAGGAAAUGCAUCUAAGCAUGGACACCUGUUCUAAGCCCUCAAAUGGGUCCGCUUUGACCUUUGAACCCGAAUGGAAAGAGCUCCAGCUCGAGCAGCGCAAGACGUUAAGCCGUCAGGCAGUGGCAAAAGGAGGACCCAGUUCCUUAAGACGGACAAGACUUUUGAUCACAGACUGGGAUUGAUUGAUUUUUUUCUCUUUUUGAUGCACUUUUCGAUUUGCUUUGUUUUUAUUGCUUUAAAAAAAAAAGCCAUACGUUAUAUAUCACCCACAAACCUUCUAGGUUAGUAGACGAGAUGUUUGCAUGUUGAGCUCAUCGGAGAGGAUGUGAAAAAUGCAUCGAAAUGGAUAUUUUUUUUUUGCUUUAAAGGAAAAGAAAAAAAAUGUUUAAAAUUUAUAAACAUCUCGAGCCGCUCUGAGUAGCUUGUACCAUGGCACUGACUUGCAGCAAUUCUAAGUAAAUAAAAACAAAGCAGGAAGAACUCUUCUGUAUCUGUAAAAUAAACAUUAAAUUCUUGUAAUUCAUCCAAACGAAAGGGUCUCUGUGCGAAUCUUCCAUUUGAAGUGCUCCCUGCACAAAAAAAGCAGGGAAUGGUUUAAAGAAAAAAAAAAAGAAAGAAAAAAAAAAACAGGCUUGCCUCUCUGAUGGUACUGUCCGACCGGAUCUGCCCUGUUGAAGUCGGCUGAGGUGUCUGCUGCUUUUGCCGUUAUUGGCAGGCAAGAUUUGAAAGCUGUCUAAACAUUGGAAUGAUUCAAAUGGUGAAAUAUGCACCUGGU